UUCUUUUCCCCUUUUCCCCCCUUUUCCCCUUUCUCCCUUUCCUUUUCCUUCCCUUUUCCCUUCCCUUCCCCCAGCAGAGUCUGAGCGUUUGAUGCGUUCUGCAUCACCUAUUGAAAAGAAACAACUGAGCUUGGGAACAAGAAGGAGCUGAAAUCCAUGCCCUUCAUCACGUACCUGUCAGGCCUGCUGACGGCACAGAUGCUGUCUGAUGACCACCUCAUCUCUGGUGUGGAGAUUCACUGUGAGGAGAAAGGGCGCUGCCCCUCCACCUGCCACCUGUGCCGGCGCCCCGGGAAGGAGCAGCUCAGCCCCACACCGGUUCUGCUGGAGAUCAACAGGGUGGUGCCUCUGUACGCCCUGAUCCAGGAGAACGACACCAGGGAGGCCUUCAAGGGAGCCCUGAUGAGCUCAUACUGGUGCUCGGGGAAAGGCGAUGUUAUCGAAGACUGGUGCAGGUGUGACCUCAACGCCUUCGAUGAGAACGGACUCCCGAACUGCAGCCCUCUCCCUCCGCCUGUCCUGCGGCUCUCCCCCAACGUGGAGCCCUCCAGCACCGUGGUCAGUCUGGAGUGGCUGGAUGUGCAGCCUGCCAUUGGGACAAAGGUGUCUGACUACGUCCUGCAGCACAAGAAGGUGGAUGAGUACACGGACACAGACCUCUACACAGGAGAAUCCUUGAGCUUUGCGGAUGAUUUGCUUUCUGGCCUCGCAACGUCCUGCGUGGCAGCGGGUCGGAGCCACGGAGAUGUCCCUGAAACCAGCAUCUAUUCAGUCAUUUUCAAGUGCCUGGAACCAGAUGGUCUGUACAAAUUUACCCUCUACGCGGUGGAUACGCGAGGGAGACACUCAGAGCUGAGCACGGUCACCCUGAGGACAGCCUGCCCACUGGUAGACGACAGCAAGGCAGAAGAGAUAGCUGACAAAAUCUACAACCUCUACAAUGGCUACACCAGUGGGAAGGAGCAGCAGACAGCCUAUAACACACUGAUGGAGGUCUCUGCUUCCAUGCUCUUCCGAGUCCAGCACCACUACAACUCCCACUACGAGAAGUUUGGAGACUUCGUCUGGCGCAGUGAGGACGAGCUGGGGCCCAGGAAGGCUCACCUGAUCCUGAGGAGGCUGGAGAAGGUCAGCAGCCACUGCUCGACGCUGCUACGCAGUGCCUACAUCCAGAGCCGCACCGAGACCAUGCCCUACCUGUUCUGCCGCAGCGAAGAGGUCCGGCCGCCCGGCAUGGUCUGGUACAGCAUCCUAAAGGACACCAAAGUCACCUGCGAGGAGAAGAUGGUCUCCAUGCUGCGCAACACGUACGGGGAGUCCAAGGGGCGGUGAGGGAAGGUGCGGGCCUGGAGCUGUGGGAGGCAAAGGGACUCCGAGGAGUCGAGGACUCAAUGUGCUGAGUGGCUGGUGGGGUUUGGGGUCGGGUGAUGUUCGGAGGGGGAGGAAGGGGACAGCGAGGCCAAACAGGACUUUUCUCACACAGACGGCAGAGAAACAAGAAAUCAGCAAAGUUGGAUUUUAUUUUAUUUUUUUUUUUUUUUUUUUUAAAGAGGAAAGGAAAGAAAAAAAAAAAGAAAUUACCUAAUUUGACUCAGCAUAAAAGCCUCUCCUUUUUAAUCUUUUCUUACUGAAUUUCCUGGACUACACAUGCUCCAAAACCCUGGGAGGAGGAGAUACCCACUCGAGGCCAGGGCCAGGCAGAGGGGAGCUGCUGGGUGCAGGGUGACCCCCUCCCUGCCUGCCCUGCCUGCCUUGCCUGCCCUGCCUGCCCUGCCACCGGGCAGGAGCUGUGGGGCGAGGGGCCCCGGUGCUGUGGUGGCCGAGGACGCCAGGAGGAGGUGGCGUGGGUGGCCAGUGACACUGCGCUGCCAGAGAGGGUCCCAGAAGGGAUGCCAGGCAGGUGCCAGGACGCUGCAGGCAAGCUGGGCUUUUGUAGCACUCCGAGUCGGCGGAGCGGCUCCGAGCGCAGCCUUCGUUCGCAAGGCUCCCGGCAGCCUGUUCUGUGCAUUAAAGAUUCAUAUUAAGUCCA